AUGAAGAUGACAGGAGUCUUUUUACUCCUCACUCUGUCAGUUUUUUGCUUCUCCGGUGCUGACAGUCAAAAUGGGAGUCAGGUUGACUGCAGUGAAUUUAAGAAUGUAGAGAGAGGUAGAGAGACCUACUGUGCAAAGAUCUAUCAACCUUAUUGUGGCUCUGAUGGCAAAACCUAUACAAACAAAUGUUCCUUUUGUGCUGCAGUCAUGAAAAGUAAUGCGACACUGCGUCUGAAGCAAACUGGUGAAUGUUGAAUGAAUCCUCAUUGUAUCUGAGUCUGAAAGUCCUGAUUAC